CAAAUUGUUUUCGAUAAAAUCCUACCAUUAAAUAAGCAAUUAUUCUUCACAUAUAAGGGCAGUUUGACAACUCCCCCCUGCAGUGAAUCCGUUCAGUUUAUUAUAUACGCCGAUCCCAUACGAAUGAGUCCCUUUCAGUUAAGUCAAUUCCGCAGAUUAUUCAAGAAAUCAAACUUCAGACGAAUAGUCUCUAACACAAGGGAUAUACAGAGGAGACACGGAAGGGUUGUCAGUGUGUCUGUCCCUAAAGGCAACAAAGACUCUAAUUUUGAUGACAACGAGAAAGUCUUCAGCCAUUUCUUCUCGUCAUCCUUAACGGGUCCGCCCUCUGAGGUCUCCGUUCUCUUAAUAAUAGCGCCCAAAGAGUCGCCAUCGUCUCCGUCUCCGUGUUGUAUAACACAGUCAUAG